CUUGCAGGGAUGCACUUGGCAGGGUUCCUGACUGCGCCCUGAGCCGCCACCCCUUCUGAAACUCUGGCCGAGCUGGACUCUGCAAACCUGCUUCCGCAAUGGGUAAUGAGGAGCUGUGGGCCCAGCCAGCCUUGGAGAUGCCGAAGAGACGGGACAUCCUUGCAAUCAUCCUCAUCGUGCUGCCCUGGACGCUGCUCGUCACCGUGUGGCACCAGAGCACCAUCGCGCCCCUGCUCACCGCGCACAAGGAUGAUGGCGGUGACCCCCGGCGCCCCGCCCCGCCCGGCGCGGACCCCAGGGAGUACUGCAUGUCCGACCGCGACAUCGUGGAGGUGGUGCGCACCGAGUACGUGUACACGCGGCCGCCGCCGUGGUCCGACACGCUGCCCACCAUCCACGUGGUGACGCCCACCUACAGCCGCCCCGUGCAGAAGGCCGAGCUCACGCGCCUGGCCAACACGCUGCUGCACGUGCCCAACCUGCACUGGCUGCUGGUGGAGGACGCGCCGCACCGCACGCCGCUGGCCACGCGCCUGCUGCGCGACUCCGGCCUCAACUACACGCACCUGCACGUGGAGACGCCCCGCAACUACAAGCUGCGCGGCGACGCCCGCGACCCGCGCAUCCCGCGCGGCACCAUGCAGCGCAACCUGGCCCUGCGCUGGCUGCGGGAGACCUUCCCGCGCAACGCCAGCCAGCCGGGCGUGGUGUACUUCGCGGACGAUGACAACACCUACAGCCUGGAGCUCUUCGAGGAGAUGCGCAGCACCCGGAGGGUGUCGGUGUGGCCCGUGGCCUUCGUCGGGGGCCUUCGGUACGAGGCCCCGCGGGUCAACGCGGCAGGGAAGGUGGUCGGCUGGAAGACGGUGUUCGACCCCCACCGGCCCUUUGCCAUAGACAUGGCGGGGUUCGCGGUCAACCUGCGGCUCAUCCUGCAGCGGAGCCAGGCCUACUUCAAGCUGCGCGGCGUGAAGGGGGGCUACCAGGAGAGCAGCCUCCUCCGGGAGCUGGUCACCCUCAACGACCUGGAGCCCAAGGCCGCCAACUGCACCAAGAUCCUGGUCUGGCACACACGGACAGAGAAGCCGGUGCUGGUGAACGAGGGCAAAAAGGGCUUCACGGACCCCACGGUGGAGAUCUGA